UUCCGGCCGCCGAAUCCCCGUAUUUGAGCGGGUCAUUUGAGGUUGAACCGCGGAAGAAGCCACAUUGGCCGUCGAGCAGGCAUCGCUGGACCCCUAACUCAUUGACUCGCUACGUUCCAACGUUCCAACGUUCAUAGCAUUAAUUGAGUGAGCCCGAGUUCCAUCAUCCGGACCCAUCCUGAGCUAUUCAUCCUGAUCUGGCCAUCUUGGGUGGUUCCUUCCAUCCCACGUGUUACGGGUGGGAUUGCUGAUUGGGAGUGUCUGACCCGACUGACCCGACUGACCCUGACAGGGCUGACAGGGCUGACAGGGGACGCCUCACUUUCAAGGUAUGAUACGUUCACUCCUCACGAAAUCGCUACCACUUCCAAUGUAACUUGCCAUCGACUUAGAUCAGUCAUCAAGUUGUUUUGAGCAUGGUAACAGCCCUUGGUUACGCCAACGUCUCGGUUAUUGAAAACCCAACUAGGUUCAACGAAGCGUGGAAUUUCCCCGAGUGACGACGGAAAAUACUAGCAUUUUCGUCGGUGGUGGAACUCGUAGAAAGUUUGGCAAUUGAAUUAAAGCACCACCAUGGUUUGGAUGUGGAUUUUUGGAUCUCUGAUCUUCUCAGGCCUGCCACUGGCUCUAGCUUUGCCCCAAGGGAUCGUUUUUCCCCGUGAUGAAGAACCCCAUUCUUCCAAUGGACCCCGAUUCGGGGCAGGCAGCGAAUGCUUGCCCAUCAACGAAUGUCCGACGCUCAUGGAGAUACUGGCCUCUAAUUUCCAAGGUAUCCGAGAAUUCGAAUCGUGUGGAUUUCGGGAGAGUGACGAUGUUCCAUUGUACCACUGUCCAAUCGCCAAUGAAGACCCGCUGACGCAUUGCCUUUGUCGAUCGGCCGAGCGAUGCCAACCCAUCAAAGAAUUGUUUGAGCAGCGCAAUUUCACAGCACUCAAGGCCCUAAAGCGAUGCGGAUGGACCGAGGAUGAAAUGCCCCUCUAUUGUUGUCCCAAGGAUCUCCGUCGCGUUCUGUCCCCCAAUGACGAAGAGAGCUCGAUCCGCGUUUUGACGAUCGAUGCAUUCAAAGAGGACGUCGAUCCGACUUUCGAGAACGUGUGCGGCUUUUCCGAUGGAACGAGGAUUGUGGGCGGUUCCGAUGUAGCCAAUCAUGCCUACCCUUGGGCGGCGGCCUUAACCUACAUCAAUCCUGAGACCAAUACGCGCUUGUAUCUUUGUGGUGGGACCCUCAUCCAGGCGAAUUUCGUCGUGACUGCGGCACAUUGCAUCAGUACCAAGAACGGACACAGUUUAGCCCAAGUUCGCGUGGGUCAUUCCGUGCUGAGUGAUCCGAGCGGCGUGGACAUCAAGAUCAAGGCCAUUCAUAUUCACCCUGACUUUGAGGUGGACCCAAUCUUGACGGCCGAUAUUGCUCUCUUGGAACUGGAAGAGAACGUCACCGUAAGCGGAAACAUUCGUCCCAUUUGCCUGUCGUCUAGCUUCAACUCGAGCGUGAUUCUGGAGGCAGAAGUGUCCGGAUGGGGUUUAAUUGACCGCACCAACACCAGUGACCGAAUGCAAUUCCUGGUAGUCGACAUUGAGAACUCCGAGGUGUGUGAGCAGGAAUAUCAAGCCAAGCUGCCCUGGUUCACGUUGGAGGACUCGCAGAUUUGUGCUCGAGGUGAGCUCGGAUCUGAUAGUUGCAAGGGGGAUUCGGGUGGUCCCUUGAUGUACAUCGACGAAAAUUCGGCUUACCACCUAAUCGGCAUUACUUCCUUCGGCACCACGAAAUGCGACAGUAGUGUGCCGGGCAUUUAUACCAAAGUGACUGAAUUCAUGGAUUGGAUCCAGGACGUGACUGGUUUGGCGGAUGUUGGAUCGUAAUCGAUAUUGAGGAUGAUCGGAACAUGAUUUGUGUGAUUGAUCAGGUUUUCGAUCUCGUAGAACCUGUUAGAACCUGUUUCCUUUUGACUCCAUUCUAAUCACUCGUUGAGUAAGAGUGGCAAUCCGUGAUAUGAUAAUUCAAAGUGAAUGAGUAAUAAAUACGUCCAAUCUUUUUUUUUUCUGCGAA